GUGUGAUGGAAAUGUGACACCGCAGGCGACCGUCUGCAUCAAGCCCGCCAGCCUCUCCGCCAUAGUCUGGCAGCCUUCGCCUCAUCUCUUCCCCUCUCAUGUAGCAGUGUGGCCGCCCUCCCGCCCCGCUCAGAAUAUGGAUGGGCUGACACUGGAUGUGUCACCCCUGGGUGAAGAGGGAUCCCAGAUGAUCACCUUGGUGGACACGUCAUCCCUGGAUGAUAAUAAGAAUCAACCCAAUGUCCAUAUCCUCACUGCCCACCAGCUAGAGAGGAACACAGCAGAGCAUGAUGAGAGGCAUCACACUCACCUGCACCAUCAUCACCACCACCACCACCACCAUCAUCAUCUACAAGCAGCAGAUCAAAACCAGUCAGUUGCCAAACUCCAGCGAAGUCCCUUGCAGAAUAGUCCACACUGCUUGGUCUGCAAUGCCAAACUGGGAGUGUCUGCAAGGGGUGCCAUGGAGGUCUUCUCUGAUAAGGCAAAGACAUCACAUCGUCAGCUGCAGGUCCACACUGUGCUGAGUACCAUCGUCAACCAGGACCUUAGUGCUUUGGUUGCCCACUCAAGUAUUGUAUGUAAAAAGUGCUUCAAACUCAUCGAUGACAUAGACUCUUUAGAGGGUCAGCUUAUGAACAUGAAGCAGGUGGUAACUAACAAGUACAUGAGGACCUUGGCCUUGGUGAAACAGGAUUGUCUUGAGGAGAGUGUAGACAGUGUGCUGGAAGAAGACUCCCUCAACUUAGAAGCCUCUACUCUUACUAAAGAUGAUAAGGAUUUCAAGGUGUAUAUGGGAUCAGGUGGUGGAGGACGUGUUCGUCGAGGGCGUCGAGGAAGAGGACGAGGGCGACCUCCUAGUGUAAAACUUGAAGUGAAACAAGAAGAACCUGUGGAAGUUAUUACUGGUCUGGCAGCCAGCGAGUCUGUUGAGUCAUUGAAACACCAGGUCCAUGAACAUUGCAUGCAGGGAAUUCUCAGCUCAUCGGACAGCAAUGAUGGCCUUGGAGGAAGGCUGGAUGAAGGCCUGGAAGAUGAUGGAGGAGCUGAUAUGCUGAUGGUCGAAGAAGAAAUUCUGGAGGAUUCUGCAGUUGCUGAGGCUGUAGAGGAUGUUAUGGAGGUGGAUGGACUUGACUUGGAUGAAAAUGAAUCUUGUGUUCAAGCUCACCCUGAACGCUUGUAUGAGUGUGAAGUUUGUCAAGAGAGGCUCACUACCAAAGCUGAGUUGGUGUGUCACUUGGAGGAGCACAUUACCUCGGGAGAGAAGCCAUAUGCUUGUACAAUGUGUCCACGUAGAUAUGCUCUUCCUCGGCAACUUAAAGAACACAUCAGACAUCACAUGAACAAAACUUUUGCCUGCUCUCAAUGUCCAAAGAAAUUUCGGUCAGAAGCAGCUCUUCAAGAACACUUUAAUGUCCAUACUGGAAAUCGUCCAUAUUGUUGUGACCAGUGUUUCAAAAAAUUUACAUCCAAGCAUAUCCUCAAAACCCACAUGAAAACACACACGGUACGCCGCCGCCCACAUAGAUGCAGGACUUGUGGCAAAAAUUUCCUUACAUCACAUCACUUGGCUGAUCACCUUAAUGUGCAUGAAGGAAAGAAAAAUUUCAUAUGUGAGACCUGUGGAAAAGCCUUUGCAACUCAAAGAAGCCUUGAUUUACAUGCUAUUACUCAUUCGGGAGUAAAAAAUUUUAGUUGUACAAUUUGCAAUAAGCUGUUUGCUAGAAAAGGUGAGGUUGAGGACCAUGAAAGAACACAUACCGGGGAAAAACCUUUCCAGUGUGAAAUCUGUGGUUCUACUUUCAGCCAGAGGAGCAACCUACAGUCCCACAAGAGGACCACACAUUUCCAAGAAAAAAGAUAUCAAUGUAAUCAGUGUAACAAAGCAUUUAAGAGGAAUAGAUUAUUGGUUUAUCAUGUUAUGAGUGUACACACUGGUGAACGUCCUUAUAAGUGUGAGCAAUGCAAUGCAGGCUUUGUUUAUCCAGAGCAUUAUAAAAAACAUUUAAGAAUACAUACUGGGGAAAAACCAUUCAAAUGUGAUAUAUGCGGUAAGACAUUUAAUUCCAGAGACAAUCGAAAUGCUCACAAGUUUAUUCAUUCUGACAAAAAGCCAUAUGAAUGUGUGUUGUGUGGUGCUGGCUUUAUGCGUAAACCUAUGUUGGCCUCUCAUCUUCAGCAACAUGGUCAUACAAAAGAUCUUGAAGUUUAUAUUAAAGUAAAUCCUCCAACUGUUGUGGCUGCUGAUAUGACAGGGGAAGGGGUCCCUAGUCCAACAGAAACUAUUCGUACAAUGAAGCUUGACGAUGAGCAGAGCUUGGAGCCAAGUUUAGAUGGGCCAGUGCAGCUGGUGCGUGGGGGUGUGCGGGAUGGAGAAACUGUGGAAGUAGUGUCUAGACCUGUUCAUAUUAUUGAAGCUGACGAUUUACCACGUUACAUCAUUCAUACUACAAGUGGAGGGGAAAGAAAUGAAGAAGGAGUGGGACAUUUCUUUGCUUCCCUUCAAGGUCAGGUAGUUGAAGUUCGGGCAGAAGACAUUGAACGCUAUACGGACCUUACCACAGACCAAAUGACACAAGUUGCUCAGGUGGCAGCUCAAGUUGUGGCUGGUCAGUCUGCAAACAGUGGUAUUCAGCAAGUUGCUGUUUCUGGUGAUCUUCGUCCAUUUAAUAUUCAGCUUGAACCUGGCACGCGUGAAAUUACACUACAAACCCAGACAAGUAAUGCUCGUGAAGUUUCUGCUUCUGUUGGUGUUACCACUGCAACUGCACGUGAUGUCACUUUACCAACAAUUAGUCAGGUGCAAGGAAAUGCAGGAACAGUCCUGGUAGGAGGACGGCAGAUGCAAUAUGAGUCAGCAGGGGGACUUGGACAAAGCACUCUGAGGAAAGUGUUGACUGACAGGGAUGAAUUACGUGCUAUUACUAUUCAAAAUAUGCAUACACCAGCAAAUAAUUUUAUUGGAAAUUGAUGAUUAAGAUACAUUUCUUAUGAAAUGUAAUGUAUGCUCUGAAUAUGUGUCCAGAUACUUAACAUGAUGUUGGGCUUUAAGAUGCUUUAUGUGUUAAGAGUGUUACAGAUGUAUAUACUUAGCUCUAUUUUUGGAAGCUGGAUUGUUAAUGCUUCUUUGUUGCAAUUCUGUUUAGAAGAAGAAAGUUAAGAAAACUUUCUUGUAUAUUUCCAUAUAAUUAUGUAUAUUCCAGAAGUCAAAGAUAAACAUUCCUUUAGAGCAUAAGUUUCUAGUUGUGCAAAUUAUUUAAAAUUUAGUUUGUUAGUUUAUGUUUGUUAGAAAUGUAUUUGAAAGGCAUGAAAAGGUUCUCCUGUUCUGUUCCACAGAUUCAUUUUGAUACACAGACAUGGUUGUGAGGUAAAGAAGAGAAUAAAUUACAUAACUAAG